AUGAUGCGUCUCUCUUGGAUCCUCGCUGGCAUCGCGCUGCUCGGCAUGGCCAGCACUGCCCAAGCAGCCACCUUGACGUGGGAUUGCACACGUAUACCCAAUAUUUGUAGUAACGAUUGUUUUGCUAUCAAUUGCGCUGGCAAGCCAACAACGCUGCACCGAGACUCGGCCAACGCUUCUACCAACCGGGCCAAGACGGCGUGCAAGUCGCCCAACCGGUGUGCCAAUGGUCCGUCGGAUGCCAACUCGUGUGACGAGUACCCCUACGCUUCGUCGCAAGAGGGCGGAGCAGGUAGCGUCACCCGUUGCGUACCGUCCACCGAGAACUCCCGUCAGGGCGGCACACUGUCGAGCUUCUACACCAACAACGGCAUCGAGGAUGGUGACGCGUACAAUCUCGCCUUUGCGUCCACUUCAGGACUGCAGUACUGCUCCGGCUCGUGCACCAACACCGGCAACCAGUUGCAGCAGCGCAACCUCGCGAUCGGACCCCAGUUCACCCCGCGCUUGUUUGUCACUGAGGAGGGACAGGAGCUCACCAUGUUCGAGCGCGUUGACAGUCCCGGUUCGCUCGACAGCGUCGUGGGAACUCAGACGUGGUUGGCGUUCGAAGAGCGAAACGUCACCAUCGUCCGCGCUAUCCUUUGA